UACUUGCUUAUCUCUUCCCUCCUGUAACCAGGAAUAUUCACUCACAGUCUGUCUCAAAAAGCUUCAGUCUCUCCUUUUUGGCUAUUACAAGAUAAGCUGUUUGAUUAAUUGGUGAAAAGAUGAAGGGUGCUGCUCUUGUAGCCAUUGCUGCUACAAUUGGUAACUUUUUGCAGGGAUGGGAUAAUGCUACCAUUGCUGGAGCAAUUGUGUACAUUAAAAAUGACUUCGAUCUCGGAACAAGCAUUGAAGGUCUUGUGGUGGCUAUGUCACUGAUUGGAGCCACAGUUAUUACAACAUGCUCUGGAGCUAUAUCAGAUUGGCUUGGUCGGCGUCCAAUGCUGAUAAUUUCCUCAAUGCUUUACUUUGUUAGUGGUUUGGUCAUGUUGUGGUCACCUAAUGUCUAUAUUUUGUGCGUAGCCAGGCUAUUAGAUGGGUUCGGGAUUGGUUUAGCUGUCACACUUGUCCCAGUUUAUAUAUCCGAGACUGCCCCAUCGGAGAUAAGGGGAUUGUUAAAUACAUUACCGCAAUUCACCGGUUCCGGGGGAAUGUUUUUAUCAUAUUGUAUGGUUUUUGGGAUGUCAUUGAUGGACUCACCGAGUUGGAGGUUGAUGCUUGGAGUUCUAUCUAUCCCUUCUCUCUUGUAUUUUGCCUUGAUGGUUUUUUAUUUGCCUGAAUCUCCUCGGUGGCUCGUGAGUAAAGGGAAGAUGCUUCAGGCAAAAGAGGUUCUUCAGAGAUUACGUGGGAGGGAAGACGUUUCAGGUGAGAUGGCUUUGCUGGUUGAGGGCCUCGGCAUUGGAGGUGAAACUUCUAUAGAAGAAUAUAUAAUAGGUCCUGCUGAUGAACUUGAUGAAGGUCACACUCACGAACCUAGUGCCGACAAAGACAAAAUCAGAUUAUAUGGACCUCAAAAGGGCCUUUCUUGGGUUGCCAAGCCUGUCACCGGACAAAGCAUUUUGAGUCUCACCUCUCGUCAGGGAAGCAUGGUGAACCGAAGUGUAUCCCUGAUUGACCCCAUAGUGACAUUAUUUGGCAGUGUGCACGAAAAGCUUCCCGAGACAGGGAGCACACGUAGUAUGCUUUUUCCGAAUUUCGGAAGCAUGUUUAGUACAGCAGAGCCUCAUGUUAGAAAUGAACAUUGGGAUGAGGAGAGCUUGCGGAGGGAAGGUGAGGACUAUGCAUCAGAUGCUGCAGGGGGCGACUCUGAUGACAAUUUGCAUAGCCCAUUAAUAUCACGUCAAACAACAAGCUUGGACAAGGACAUGGUUCCUCCGAUUGCCCAUGGCAGUACUCUAAGCAUGAGACGUCACAGCACACUUGUGCAAGAUGGUGCAGAAUCGGUUGGUGGUACAGGAAUAGGAGGUGGUUGGCAGUUGGCAUGGAAAUGGUCUGAGCGAGAAGGUGAGGAUGGAAAGAUGGAAGGAGGGUUUAAAAGGAUUUAUUUGCACGAGGAGGGAAUCUUGGGAUCUCGACGCGGGUCUCUUGUAUCGGUUUUAGGUAAUGAUAUACCUGCAGAAGGUGAGUUUAUCCAGGCUGCUGCCUUAGUGAGCCAACCUGCUCUUUACUCCAAGGAACUUAUGGAUCAGCGUCCCGUCGGACCAGCGAUGGCUCAUCCUGCUGAAACUGCAUCAAAAGUACCAGUUUGGGCUGCUCUUCUUGACCCAGGAGUGAAACGUGCAUUAGUAGUUGGGAUUGGAAUUCAGAUACUUCAGCAGUUCUCUGGCAUAAAUGGAGUUCUCUACUACACUCCUCAAAUUCUCGAAGAGGCAGGUGUCGAAGUGCUUCUUUCGAACUUGGGACUUGGUUCAACUUCCGUGUCGUUUCUUAUUAGUGCAUUCACAACCUUGCUAAUGCUGCCCUGCAUAGGUGUAGCCAUGAAACUCAUGGAUAUAUCAGGCAGAAGGCGGCUGCUACUCACCACAAUCCCCGUGGUCAUAGUGUCAUUAAUCAUUCUAGUGUUAAGUGUGAUUGUGAAAUUGGGCACAGUGAUAAAUGCUGCCAUCUCAACUAUAUGUGUGAUUCUUUACCUCUGCUUCUUCGUGAUGGGGUACGGACCGAUACCAAAUAUCCUCUGCUCCGAGAUCUUUCCAACGAGGGUCCGCGGCCUUUGCAUUGCAAUUUGUGCUUUGACCGCUUGGGUCGGAGACAUCAUUGUUUCGUACUCCAUGCCUAUGAUGCUCAGUUCUAUAGGCAUUGCCGGCAUCUUCGGGAUAUACGCCGUCGUGUGUCUGAUAUCCUGGGUGUUUGGGUUCUUGAAAGUCCCGGAGACCAAAGGAAUGCCGCUCGAAGUCAUCACCGAGUUCUUCGCCGUCGAUGCACGGCAGGUUGCAGCCACAAAGAAUGAGUAAAUAUGUUAAACAAAU